GGGAAGUUGGUGCAUGGCUUUGUCAUAUUGGUACAAAGUAUGAGAGAAAGGGAAACGUGGCAUAAAUUUUGUGAUGAUUUUUCCAUUGAGAAUCAGCUAAAGCUAUGAAUGCCAAACCCCAAGAUCUUUAAAGCGUGAAUACCCACCACAGGUUACACCAAUCAGUUCAUCACUGUGCUGAGUGUCCGAUCGACAUUUAUAACGAAACUCAUCAUCAUCAUAUUCUUCCCGAUUAUUUCAUUCCUGAUCUUUUUACCUAAUUUUUAUAAUAUUGAUCAUGGCCGCUAGCUUAAGCGUCAUCCUUGGUAUUAUUGGUAAUGUUAUCUCAAUACUUAUGUUCCUUGCUCCGGUAAAAACGUUCAAGAGGAUUAUAAAGAAGAAAUCAACCGAGGAUUACAAAGGAAUACCGUACAUAACGACAUUGCUUAGCACAAGUUUGUGGUCAUUUUAUGGGUUGCUGAAGCCAGGAGGUUUGCUUGUGGUUACAGUCAAUGGCACCGGUUGCAUCUUGCACAUUGUCUAUGUUGUUCUCUUCAUCGUCUAUGCUCCCAAGGAUGUUAAGGUUCAAUCAAUGAAGCUGGUGGGAUUAGUGGAUAUUGGUUUCUUAGGGGUGGUGGUUGCUGUAACUCUUCUUGCACUCCACGGUGGCACGCGGCUGACUUUGGUCGGACUUCUAUGUGCAGCUUUGACCGUCGGGAUGUAUGCAUCCCCUCUUUCAGCCAUGAGAACCGUGAUAAAGACGAAAAGCGUGGAAUACAUGCCAUUUUUCUUGUCUUUCUUUCAAUUCCUCAACGGAGGAAUCUGGGCUGCCUAUGCCGUGAUUGUCAAGGAUAUCUACUUGGGUGUGCCCAACGGAAUUGGGUUUGCAUUGGGCUCAGCACAAAUCCUGCUUUACGUGAUUUACAAAAACAAAUCCCCGUUCAAGUCCAAGGAGUCGAUGGAAGAAGAAGGCUCAGCCCACCUCGUGAAGGACAGAAUUCAUGAUGAAAAGGAACUGAAAAAUCGGGGGCUCAGCAAAGGAAGAAGUCUGCCAAAACCCGGCGUUGAUCGGCAAUACAGCCAGGAAAUCGUCAGAACAAGUUCUUUAACCCCGGGUGGUAACAACCGUGUCGGGGAUCUUGAACUCGGCGUCAAAGAAAAUGCUGUGUAACUUAUUGAUUAUUUCCGGAGAAUAUUAAUCAUCAUAAACACAUGUAGAGUUUGAGCUUGAUAAAAGAUUUUACGUCGAAUAGGGUUCCUUAAUUUUACGUGGAGAAGUAAUAUUUCAUUAUGACAACAAAUUCUGGGACAUUUUGCGACUUACUAUAUCAAUAUGUAUCAUUGUGUUGUUUGGUUGGUGACUUGGUGUAAUUACAUUUGCUUCCUUUUAACUUUUUAAAUGUUCACGAAUUUAUCGAGCAUGUUUAGGAAUGAAUUUUGUUUGGUG